AUGGCCAACGCCCUGUACAACGUCUACCGGCUAGCUGGCCCUGUGGCAGCCGGUGCUAUUCUCUUCAACGCCUCCAUCUACGAUGUCCGGGGUGGUACUCGCGCCGUGAUCUUCGACAGAGUCUCGGGUGUGCAGGAGACUGUCGUCAACGAAGGCACACACUUUUUGAUCCCCUGGUUGCAGCGAGCAAUCGUCUACGACGUGCGGACGAAGCCGCGCAACAUCUCCACCACCACUGGAAGUAAAGAUUUGCAGAUGGUCAGCCUGACGCUUCGCGUGCUGCACCGUCCGGAGGUGCCGAAGCUGCCUCAGAUCUACCAGUCCUACGGCACAGACUACGACGAGCGUGUCCUCCCAUCCAUCGGCAACGAAGUCCUCAAAGCAAUCGUCGCCCAAUUCGACGCCGCCGAGCUAAUCACCCAACGUGAAGCCGUCUCCAACCGAAUCCGCAACGACCUGCUCAAGCGCGCAGCGCAGUUCAACAUCGCCCUCGAGGACGUCUCCAUCACCCACAUGACCUUCGGCAAGGAAUUCACCCGCGCCGUCGAGCAGAAGCAGAUCGCCCAGCAAGACGCCGAGCGAGCGCGAUUCAUCGUCGAGCGUGCCGAGCAGGAACGUCAGGCUAACGUUAUCCGCGCCGAGGGUGAAGCCGAGAGUGCUGAUAUUAUCAGCAAGGCGGUUGCCAAGGCUGGUAGUGGCUUGAUUGAGAUCCGUAAGAUCGAUGCUAGCAAGGAGAUUGCUCAGACACUGGCCAAUAACCCCAACGUGACAUACUUGCCUGGUGGGGAGGGCAAGGAUGGUGGAAAGAGCACUAGCCUCUUGCUGGGUCUGCGGAAUUAA